AUGGCACGUGAAGAGCUCAAACAGGAGACGUACACCCAAGAAGACCACCAGGUCGCCUACAUCUUUGACCCUGAAGAUGAUGGGACACGCCAGAAGCCCGCCAAGCGAAGAAGAGUAUCGAAAAAAGCUCAAGAUGGCGCGGAAUCCAUCAAGGACUUGUCAUCUUUUGUGCCGCUACUCAAUGGUGCCGAGAAACCUGAAUUCGUCCAGCUAAGGGAGACGUUAUUUCAGGAGAGGUGGGCCAAGAUUGAUGAACGUAUUGAGGGAAUCCUAAAAACUUCAAAUUUGGAAACUCUCCAUGAAGUCAGCGAAUUCAUUAAAGAAGCUGUGACAGAUUCUGGGGAUAGAAUCCCUUCAGCGUUCAUCAUCACGGGACCCAACAUCGCAUCACAGGAUCUUCUUUUCCAGCAACUAUCAGAGACACUCCAACAAACAACAUCGAGCAAGUUUGUUGGUCUACGGUCGUCAGAAGCCACGACACUGAAGGCGACGUUGAAGAAGAUUAUCCGGGAUGUCACGGCCAAGGUUUCCAACGACGAGGACGACGACCUCGAAAUGGAAGAUGGACGAGAGGGACGAAGGUACCUUGACUACGACCUAGAGGCUUUGCACGCAUUUAUCAAACCCCAGAAUUGCGAGCAUGUUUUUGUUGCUUUCCAGGACAGUGAAGGCUUUGAUAGCAGUCUGUUGUCAGACCUACUUAUUCUCUUCAACUCCUGGCGUCCACGUAUUCCUUUUACACUGCUCUUUGGUAUUGCCACAUCAGUCGAGCUACUUCAAGCAAGACUUCUCAAGGCUGCGUGCCAGCAAAUAUAUGGAGCUCAGUUCGACGUGAUUCAGACUUCAGCCAUUCUGGAGACCGUUUUCAAAACAGCUGUGGCAGCAUCCGAUGCUCCCGUGUUAUUGGGACCGUCGCUCCUUCACAGCAUGCUAGAUCGUCAGCAUGAUCAAGUCUCCGGUAUUCAGACAUUUAACAUGUCACUAAAGUACGCUUAUAUGUGCCAUUUCUACGCAAACCCACUCAGUGUUCUCGAGCAUGCUUCAGAACUUCAACCUGAGCACCUCCAAGCUAUACGCCAUUCAAGCUCGUUCAGAAAUCACGUUGAACGAGCAGUCGAAACCGGUAACUUGGACAAUGUGGAAUACGCGAAACGAUUGCUUGAAAACGACGAGUAUCUUACUUCACAGGUUCAAGACAGCCUUACGCACCGUCAAGAGCAUAUCGAGGCAUUUUUGCGCGCACUGCUCGUUCUCAGAGAGGCGGAAGGUCAAGAUGGUGAGUUCUCGAGAGCCUAUGUCGAGGCCAUGAAUGAGGGUGUUUCGGUCACCGAGAACUCGAGGACCAUUGAGAAAGUGCGGCAUAUGGACAUUGGAGAGCUGGUGGCUAUGUUGCGUAAAGUAGUCACGAUUUUGCGAGAUGGAGAGGUUGACCUACUCCUUAGCCCAGGAACGAGGUUACGAGACGUCGAGUUUCGAGAUGGGCUAAUAAGACAGCUCACCAAGUUGGAGAAGCUACAGUCAAAAGCGCAAGAGCACAACAUCAUACUGCGAAGCAAGUACAGUGGUCAGAUCAAAGUGGCGCGUACCACAGUCAUUGCACAGAGGGUCCAAUUGAGCCACGACUCUGCUGCGCUUACAGAUGAGGACAAGCAACUCACCCAGGCUGUGGACGACAUCACGGCGCUGUUGGCCACCCACGUUCAAUUUCCCAAGCCUAGCUCUCUUUUGGUGUCGGAAAGCUGGCUGUAUGAUUCUCGAGCUCCGUCACGGGACGUGUUCGUGCCUCGGCCACGAUCUGUUCUAGAACGCAGCCUCGCAAGACCCCACGACUACCUUGCGUGCUCAUGCUGCAAGCCAGGCGGCGAAGGUACGCCGGCGACAUUGCCAGCCACGGCGCUUUUAUAUCGCCUCUAUACAGAGACUGGAAACCUCAUCAACGUGGCAGAUCUAUGGGCUGCGUUUGCUGCACUGGUGGGCGACGAGGAAACAGACGAACGGAAGUCGCUGGUUAUGUUUUACCGUGGACUGGCAGAAUUGAGGGCUUUGGGAUUCGUCAAAGCGAGCAAGAAGAAAGCGGACCAUGUUGCCAAGCUGAAGUGGCUCUAA